AUGUCGGAGGAAACCAAUUCCUAUACGAACGAGCAUAAAACAGAACUGCCAGAAGAUACAAUCAGGGACUUUCAUGAUCUUGAUGAUAUUAUUAAUUCUAAUUCAUAUUUUGAAGAUGACGAUACGUGUUUGGAAAGAUUCCUGAAGUCUGAUGUGACUAUAGAAGAAGAAUUCAAACAGGAAUUAAUUCAGCAGGCACCUCCUUAUAAAUGUGACACCUGCGAUAGAUCUUUUAAAAGACUACAUGAUUUAAAACGUCAUAAGGUAGUGCAUAGUUUUAAAUGUAGUUAUUGUUCAAAGACUUUUCAAUUAUCAAGUCAUUUAUACUUGCAUCACAAAACUCAUACUGGAGAACAACCAUAUAAAUGUGAUAUAUGUAACAAGGCAUUUAAUCGAUUAGAUAAUUUGAAACAACAUAUGUAUAUUCAUAGUGAAGAACGUACUUUUGAAUGUGAUCUUUGCGAUAGCAAAUUCAAACAAUCGUGCCAAUUAUCUAAGCACAAGCUUAUUCACAAUAAAAAGAAACGUUAUAAAUGUAUAAUAUGCGAUAAGAAAUUCACACAAUCAAGCCAUCUGAAAAGCCACUUGUUGAUACACACAGGAGAGCGUCCUUAUAGAUGCAAAAUUUGUGGUGAAAGCUUUAAUCAAUCAAAUCUGUUAAAAAACCAUAUGCAUAUUCAUACCGGGAAACCUCCAUCUGAAGAAGAACAGAAAUUAAAUAAAACAUCGACUUAUAAAUGUAACAUGUGUGAGAGAUCUUUUAAAAGACAAUAUCAUUUAAAACAACAUCUCAAAACUCAUGUUUGUAAAUGUACAUAUUGCCCAAUGAUUUUUCCAGAUUCAAGUUAUUUAAAGUUGCAUCUCAGAAUUCACACCAGUGAAAUGUCUUGUGAAAUAUGUAAUAAAACAUUUGCCGGAAAGAAGAGUUUAAAUAAACACAUCUCUAUUCAUACUGAAGAGCAACAACAUAAAUGUGAUAUAUGUAACAAGGCAUUUAAUCGAUUGGAUAAUUUGAAACAACAUAAGUUCACUCAUAGCGAUGAACGCCCUUUUGAAUGUGGUAUAUGUGGUAGCAAAUUCAAACAAUCAGGCCAAUUAUCUAAGCACAAGAUUAUACACACUGAUGAAAAACGUUGUACAUGUAUAAUAUGCGAUAAGAAAUUUGCACGACCAGCCAAUCUGAAAAGCCACAUGCUUAUCCACAUAAGAAAAUGCCCUUAUACUUGUAAAAUUUGUGGUAAAGGUUUUAAACAACCAACUCAUUUAAAACUUCAUAUGCAUACUCAUACUGGGAAGCGUCCAUCUGCAGAAGUCGAGCAGGAAUCAAUUCUUACAUCGACUUAUAAAUGUGACAUGUGUGAUAGAUCUUUUGAAAAACAGUAUGAUUUGAAAAGUCACACAGAAGCUCAUGAUCUCAAAUGUAAAUAUUGUUCAAAGACUUUUUUAUAUAGAAGCUAUUUAAAGCGGCAUUUCAGAAUUCAUACCGGGGAAAAGCCUUAUUUUUGCAAAAUAUGUGAUAAGGCAUUUACUACUCAUUACGGUUUAUAUAAACACACCAAGAUUCAUACUGCAGAGCAACCAUAUGAAUGUGAUAUAUGUAACGAGGCAUUUAAUCGAUUGGAUAAUUUGAAACAACAUAUGUUCACUCAUAGCGAUGAACGCCCUUUUGAAUGCGGUAUAUGUGGUAGCAAAUUUAAACAAUCAGGCCAAUUAUCUAAGCACAAGCUUAUACACACUGAUGAAAAACGUUGUACAUGUAUAAUAUGCGAUAAGAAAUUUGCACGACCAGCCAAUCUGAAAAGCCACAUGCGUAUCCACAUAGGAGACACAUUGUGAAAUUUGUAAUAAAGGUUUUAAUCAAUCCACUCAUUUGGAAAACCAUAUACUUUUUUUUUCAUUUGUACGAGUGAGUAACAAAAACAAUCAAGCUUUCUGAGAAGGCACCUUGUCCUUUAACCAACACAGUUUAUUAUAUGUGAUGAAAAUCAAUGAAUUAUUAUUUUAAUUUAAUUUUACUUAUUAUCAACAAGUACUAAUUAGGAGUGUGAAUAUAUUUUUUUUGAGGUGAUUUAACUUACAUAGUAAACAGAUUUAGAGGGCAAUUCUGUCUCAUAAUAUAGCGUUGUCAUGGCAAUGCUAUUUUAUGCUUGUUCCUUGUAAGUGAAACAGUAAAAAUAUCAAUCUAUUUACCGUGCAAUCAGGCGUAUUUUACAUAUAAACAAGCAAAUAAUAAUAUUAUGAUAACUGCACCGUCUAGAAUUAUGUUAUCAUAACAUUCUUCCCAUAGCAUAAGAUAGCGUUGCCAAGACAAAGCUAUUUUAUGAGGCAGAAUUGCCUCCUUAAUAUAUUUAAAUACACACACCAAACGAUUGUGUUUGUAAUUUUAC